GAUUGAGGUCAGACAAAAUGCACAUGUGGAAGGAAACGAAUAGAGCCUCCUCCACCAUUUCUUUCAGUGUGUUCCUCUCAUCAAGUCUUAUUUACUCUUCAUUUCUGAAGAUAGAGAUAAAGCAAAGGAGAGACAGUGCAAGAUAGAAGAGGGAGUUGCUUGCUCUAAAUUUCAUGCUACUGCUGGAGGAGGAGCAGAUAUGUGAUAGAAGGAAGCCACACCCCCAAAACAGAGACACGACUAAUAACACACUGAAUACACUCCUGCUGCAGCUGAGAGAGAGAGAGACAGACAGAACAAGUGAAUGAGUAGACGACUGAGAGAGUUGCACUUGGACAGACUGAUAGUCAGCAGGAAGGUUGUCUGGCUGCUGAUUCACAGUCGACAGGACGAGGGGAGAGGACAAACAACUCUGUCUCAUUGUCUUCAGUACGCACAGGCAGCAAAGCAAGCGUGCUCUGUCAGGUGUCUCAAAGCUCUGCUCUGAUGGAUUAGUGUCUUCUGUGGAGCAGUGAGUAGCAGGCAUGGGGAACCAGGAAACCCGAGUGGAAGAUCCGGACACAGGUGUCCAAUCAACCAAAAAGUCAGGUAUACCAGCUCCUCGUGAGAUCCCACAAAGCAUCUCCAGAGAACGUGUCUCAUUGCGUGACCAACAGAAAAGCUCUAUAGCCAAAAAGAUGGUCACCAGUUCCAGCACCUCUAGUCUGUCCACACUAUCCAAGCAUUCACGUGGCUCUGUCAAGACCAAAGCAGAGUCUGUUGUUUUCGACAAGAACCUGCUGGAGAGUCAGGUGAGGGAGCUUCUGGCUGAGGCCAAAACCAAAGAGUUUGAGAUCAGUAAGUUACGGAUGGAGCUCCAACGGCACAAAGGGAAGGAUUCAUCAUCAGAGGCUGGGACACCAGAGGGGAAUUCAGAGAUAGAAGGGACUUCAGCACAGUCUGGAGACAUUCAGGUGCUUGUAGGGGAACUGAAGGAGAAGAAUGGACGUUUCCAGCGUGAGUUGGCAACCUUGCGGGAAGAGAAUCAAGCUUUGAAGCAGAAGCUUAUUACAUUGGAGAGCACCACAACACUGCUAACCAGCUCUAGUAAUCAUUCAGUUAAUGGAGUUUUUUCAGAAAACACCACUUCAGAUGCUGUCAGUGCAGUCAGUGGAAGACACCUUAAAACUUCUGCGUCGUCUGGUAGUGAAAUCAAAGGCUCUCCAUUACCUUCCUCAGAAUCUUCAGAGUUUGAAAAGAUUCCCUCACACUCUGACUCAGUCAGUAGCAGCAUUAAUAGUGUUGUGCCCAGUGGUGUGGUGAAAGAGCUCUCAGUGGAGUCCCUGACAGACCGCAUCCAGAAGAUGGAAGAGAGUCACCACAGUACAGCCGAAGAACUUCAGGCCACUCUACAGGAGCUGGCUGACCAGCAACAGGUUGUCCAGGAGCUAACAGCUGAGAAUGAGCGUCUGGCAGAGGAGAAGGGCCUACUACAAACGUCCCUACAGCAGCAAAGGGAGCGUGUAGAACUUUUGGCACAACAGAAUGAGUCGCUUCUCCAGAGGCUCAGAGAACAGGCUCAGUGUAAUGAAGCUGAGGCUUCACGUGCCUCUCGGGUUGCAGAGCUCGAACAGCGUUUGGCUGAGCAAGUAGAGAGCUCCCGCUUUGAAAGAGAGAAGCUGGUAGACAUCCAACAGCAGCUGACAGGGAGUCUUAGAGCUUUGGAAAUGGAGAAUCAGGAGGAACAAAUCGCUGUGAAGAGCUUAAAAGAAGAGGUAGAGCUUCUUCGAGGGCAUCUGGAGAGUGAGAAGUUUGCUAAAGAUGAGGCGAUGAGGAAAACUGAGGAACAGCGGCUAGCCACGGAGGCUCUGAGAGUGGAGAGUGCUAGUCUUAAAGGGCAAGUGGAGGUGGAGCGGCAGAAGAUAGCUGAGCUGAAGGCAGUGCAGAGCGCCAGUGACAACACAGAGUUGCAAAGUCUGCUUAAAGCAGCACAUGAAGAUAGAGACAAGCUGGAACUGAGUUGCACGGAGCUACGACAAGAGUUACAGCAGGUGGAGGCAGACAGGCUGCAGCUGCUGGAGAGGGCGGAGAAACAGGAACAAGAUCAUAAAGCCAACAUGAUCGCUUUAGAUGAGAAGAACAGAGAUGCUGAGAACCAGAUCAAGGACCUAAAAGAGACCAUCUUUGAGUUGGAGGACCAGGUGGAGCAGCAACGGGCAGUUAGACUGCACACCAACCAGACCAUUCUGGACCUGGAGAAUCAAAUCAAGAGGCUGGAAGAAAACAAAGCUGAGCUGGAGAAGCAGAUUAAGGCCAUGAAUAAACAGAUGAAGGAUGAGACAGAAGAGUGGCGCCAUUUCCAGGCUGACCUCCAGACAGCAGUAGUGGUCGCCAAUGACAUAAAGGUGGAAGCUCAGCAGGAGCUGCGCACACUGCGCAGACGUCUGCAGGAGGAGCAGGAGCACAGCACAAGGCUGGCUUCAGAGUUGGAGCAGAUCCAGGGCACCAGGUCAUGGAGUGAAGAUGUUAGUCUCUCUGACUCAGAUGGCAGUCCUCACUGGUGCCGAAUGACCAUGUCCCAGAAUGCACCUGGUGGCUUCCUAACCAAUGGCAAUGAGAGUGGAAGCAGCAUGCCCUCAGAACCAGGAGCCACGGUCAAAUCUCUCAUCAAGUCUUUUGACAAAGCUGUGCCGAAUGGACCCAGCAGCUCAGUACAGAUGCAUACAUCUCCCAGAAGCCCCCUGAGUGGCAUACCAGUCCGGACAGCUCCUGCUGCUGCUGUCUCACCCAUUCAGAGGCACUCUGGAAUUAAGCCGCUGUCAAAGACCCUUGAGAGAAAAAUCACCUUUGGAGAUUUCCCCCACAAUGGGUCGUGUGAUGAACUGAAGGCCUCGUCUCUUAUGAGGAAGAGUCCGUCCCUCGAGUCUGUGAUUAAAACUCCAUCUCACUUCAAUGGCCGCACAUCCUCUUUUACUUACAACAGAGCCAACAGCAAACUCAAUGUGGAAAGAACAGACCCUCUGUCUGCUCUGGCGCGGGAGUAUGGUGGAUCUAAGAGGAACGCUCUACUGAAGUGGUGCCAGAAGAAAACAGAAGGCUAUCCGAAUAUAGAUGUGACAAACUUCAGCAGCAGCUGGAGUGAUGGCAUGGCGUUCUGUGCUCUGUUACACACCUAUCUGCCUGCACACAUCCCUUACCAAGAGCUCAUCAGCCAUGACAAGGGGCGAAAUCUCACCCUGGCUUUCCAGGCAGCUGAAAGCAUUGGUAUUAAGCCCUCUCUGGACAUUGAUGAGUUGAUGCACACAGACCGACCGGACUGGCAAAGUGUCAUGCUAUAUGUAUCUCAGAUCUAUAAGUACUUUGAGACUUAGUUUUCGAAUAGAAGAAAGGAAGAGGAAGAUGAAGACCAAGAUGAGGGAACAGAAGCACUUUUAUCUGCCUGGUCCAGUUCUCCCUUCACAGUGUUUCUAAAUACACAAACACACACAGUUCUGUAGUAUUCACACCAGUCAGGUUCUCUCUCUGAAUACAACCAGCUUAACAUAUUCAGUACAAUAGUCAUAAACAUAUGCAAACACACAAUCCUUUUUGCCUCAAACAACUUCUCUUUUCCUUACAAUUUGUGUCAUAUAUAGACCUACUUCAGUUUUUGAAGUUGGAAGUCGCUUGCAGAGUGUAGCUUUGAAAUCUUGCACUGAAACUGAUAUAGUUUUUUAGUAUGCUUAAUUUUUACUAAGAGUUGAAGUGCAGCUGCUAAUCUUUAUAAGAGAGUGCUAUCACCCAAAUCUAUAUAUUGGCAUACUUAUAUAUUGAUAUACUAAUAAAGUACUUUUAAAAUGUUAGUUUUACCACAAAUAAUUUCAACUUGUAAUAUGUCUUGGUAAGACAUCAAACUUUAGUGAACUAUGAAAAUAAGUUUCAAAUGUUUUGUUGAAAAGUUGCAGGUUGUCAGAGAGACAAUAACCAUUAAAAACUUACAAUGUC